AAAAAAUGCCGACGUGUCGAACGUCAAAAAAUUUGAUACAUACAUACAUAAUGCGUGUUUGAAUGAUCGAAUUAUCGAAUACAUAACGCGUAAUCGCAUACACAUAAAUAUACGCGUAUGUGAAUUUACGUAUGCGCACACGACUAUGGUAUACAUGUGCCUCGUUUAUGUCGAUACAUGACAUGCACAAUCAUGUCCGGUUGCCGAACAUCGGUCUGCCUAUGAAAAUUGUGUUAUGGUUGUUCAUCGUUGGCAAGUUCUUUUAUUCUAACGGUUGAGUACAGUGUAAUUAUACGAAUAUGUAUAAGAUUACAUGCUGUCAGUUGAAAAGAACAAUGUAUUCCAGCUGCCUUGUUGUGAUCGUAGUGUAGGAGACACGAAUGCAGCGAAUGUCAUCCCCACUGUUUUAUUCGUCUGACCUUUUCUUUUCAGUUUUCUCGCAGAUAAUUUUCUGAAAAGAUUUAUAAUCUUCGGAAGAUUAUGUUUAGCAACGUAGAGUUUUAUCGAACGCAAUCAUUGAUAUCGUUGGUUCUUCCUUGUGCUAACCUCCAAGUACCCCAAACAUAUAUUGCAUUCUUAAACGAAUGCUCUUUUCAUUAACAUUGAUAUACUAUUAAUAUGCAACUCUUAGAUAUUGCAAAGAAUGAGUUGGUUUGAUGCCACUGGAUUUGCCAAUUUGGCCAAAUCUGCAUUAAAAGAAGCUCAAAAAACAAUCGACAAAGCAUUGGAUAUUAAGGAAGACGAAGAGGAAGUUGAGCAAAAAUUGGUUUUGGAACGUCGUGCGGAAGAUGGGGCAGACUUCUUUGCAUCUUGGGGAUUGAAGAGCAACGAAGAUGUUGUUCCGAUUGACAAAAAUAAGAAAAUCAAACAAGAAGCGAGCAAUAGCAUAUGGGGUAGUUUCAGCGGAUCUUUCUUUGAAUCUCCAAAGUAUAGGGAAGAAGGACACGAUCGGAAGCAAAUAACGCAAUCCAAGUCUUUGCAAAACACAUUUAUGGAGGAUGAGCGAAGCACCGGACUUACGCCGUCGCUAUCAUUUUCAGAGGAUCGUACGAGCAAAGGUUGGAAUUGGUCCGAGAGGACUAUGGAGAAAGAUGAGAUCCGACCAGCAUUCGACGUAUCGAUACCGUCGAAUACAGACGAAACAGAGAACGUAGUAUCCGGCAUGGACGAUGAAACUGUGGAGCUCGUGGCUGGCAGGGGCAAGGAAGAAUUAUGCUCCGCAGGAUAUUCAUCGAACGAGGAUAACAUCGUUGCGAAUGGCAAUACUACUAGUUCGGAAACUGAGCAGAGAAAUGUGUGUCGACAGAUAUUAAAGACCGAGGUCAACGAAGUAAAUAAAAUUUCCUCGGCUUCGUUGGAAACUGAUAAAAGAAGUGUUGAUAGUGUUGAAAUUCUGGGAUCUCGAUCAUCCACCGAUUGUACUACCACUCCAGAAUCUGAUUGUAAUUCUAUCGAUAACUCGGCGAGCCCCUCCGUUGUAGGUACCAAGCUGAAUUCGGAAUCUGUGGAAAUAUUGCCGGACAGUUUAGUUACAUCUCCGAGUUCCGUGGAAAUUUUGGGAGAUUGGAAAAGCGAUAGUAGUCCUUAUCUAUCUCCGGUAGAUCCGUUGCAUUCCGAAAUAUCUUCUGCGCUGGAUAAACACGACUUGGCGACACCUUGCUGGGAAGAUGGUAAUAUCGAACAGAUUCCAACCAAUGAUAGGAGUCCGAACUACCUGUCGUCUUCCGAUGUUUCUCUGCAUGAAUCUCCAAUGGAGGAAUCCAAGACGCCUCGGAAUGAUUUAUGUGCGAGUAUGGAGAGUACUCCGUCGCCGUUGUUGUCGCCAUCGCUGUCGGCAUCGCUGUUGGUAUCGGCCAGCACCUACCCUACUCAGAGUUACGUAGAGCUUGGGCCAUAUGCACACGGAGGCAAACUAACGUCGUCGUCGAUUGGGCAAAAUUUGAAAACCUAUCCGUUAGAAUGCAUGGAAACGUCAGGGUAUCCGGAUGAUCCUGACGAGCCGAGUUUAGCCGAGGAUUCCUAUACUUCUGCCUCGGAGAGUACUGUCGCGACUGUAUUCGAAACUUUGAUGAUCAAGCAAGUUUCGAUGAAACCUUGUAUGGAAACGCAUUCUAGUUCGAAUUUGGAUACCGUUAAAGAGAAACACAAUCUACAUUUGCCGAUCGAAGCGAUCACUACUCAACCUAUCCGUAAAUCAACGGAUCAAACGUAUACGAGUAUCGAUGGAGUUUUGACCAGCAAAAAGAUAGAAACUGAUAGGAAGAGUAUCGAUCUGCUGCUAAAUACGACUAUAGAGCCAGCGGAACCAGACCCAGAGCCAGAAACGGAGCCGAAGCGGGAAUUGAUAUUGGCACCGGUGUCAGGCCAGGAAGAAUCCGAACGUUACUCCGGCAUUGCAGAAGUUACGCAGCCGUAUUCGUUAAAAUCCGACACGAUGGAUAUAGUGGAUCAUCAUUUAAUGUCGAUGGAUUCGAGUUGCGAAGGAACCUUGAUCGAAAGCAAUUCAGAGGACAAUGCGACGCUGAUUCAUAAAUCGGAGGGGAAGACGACGGAGCCACCCCUAACGGCUAGCUCUUAUGUAAAAACAAUGUUAGCAGAUGCGAUGACCGAAAAGGUCGGCGAGAUCGUGGAAAUGGAAGGGCAGAGUUCAGACAUGCCUCGGGAGAAUUCACCUGUUUCCUCGGAAAGUCGAUCUGAUUUGGUUAAAAUCGGUUCGGAUCAAACCAGCGGUCAUACCAGCGGGGACGAGUUGGAAACAACAACAUCCAGUGAUAUCGAAAUCAUAUCCAGGUAUAGUCCAAACGGUGAUUCCAGUUCGACGCAAUCACGUCAGAGUUUGACGAGAUCACAAUCGGCAAAGGGCAGCGAUCUCUUGACCAAGACCUUAAAAUCUAGAGGACAUUCCAGGGAAUUAAGUGAAAUUAGCAUAGGAUCGGAUGAAGCGAAUCUCGAGAUAGAAACGUUGUUAAAACGCAUGCAGGAGAUGACGGAAAUAUUAGAGGCCAGAGAAUCAAAACUCAUCGAUGUCAGCAGAAUGAACAUGGAAUUGCACGAACAGAAUAGCAAUUUAAAAAAACAGCUCGACAAUUUCGAGAAAUACGCGGAACAAAGUCAGAACUUGAAUCAAAUUGCUGACGAAUACACUCAACGGUUGUCUGCGUUGGAAAGAAAAUUUCAACAGGCGAUACGAGAACGCGACUCGUUGCGGAAAAAUUUAGAACAAUUGAAAAUGGAAGCAGCCACGCGUUUGUCGUCUCAAGAAAUGUACACGUUGAGCGCAGAAAAAGAUGAAAUCAUUAAAGAGCUUAGGGAAGAAGGAGACAAAUUGAGUAAGCAGCAGCUUCAGCAUAGUAACAUUAUUAAAAAGUUACGAAUCAAGGAGAAGGAGAGCGACGCGUUAAUAAAGAAUCAAAAGCAGUUAAUAGAUGAGCAAACGUCGGAGAUGGAACGUUUAAAGAAGUCGUUGCACGCGAAAGAAGAAGUCGAGAGAACUCAGAUAGAGGCUGUUCAUACACUGACAGCAAAAACUAGGAAACAAGAAAAAGAUAUAUUAGCUCUACAAGAGAAAUUAGAUACCACUUUGCAUAAGAUGGAUGCCUACAAAACGAGCUUAGACGCAACAAAAAUGGAUCUGAUCGAAACGAAGAAAUUGUUGCUGGCGACGGAAGCCGAACUGAAAGAUGCUACUAAUAACGCAGGAGAAUCGUGUCAACUACUCGCGCAAAUCGAAGAGUUGACAUUGAGAUUACGCGAAUCGAAGGAAAUGCAUGCCAAGAAAGAAGAGUUUCUCAAGCAUGAAAACAACGAGCUAUUGAAACGCUUAGAGACAGCCGAAGCCAGAAGCGAAGAAUUAUCGGAAUCGGUUUCGAUGGCCACGAAACCUCUGGUGAGGCAGUUGGAACAACUUCAUACGAAUCUAUCGCAAAAGUGCAACAAUUUCAUGAAGCAGGAAAAAGCGUUAUCGGAGAAGAACAUCGAGCUGCAGACAAAAGUGGAGCAAUUGGUCGAAACGAAUCGCUAUUUGAAAGAAGAAUCUGUUAACUUGAACUCAAAAUUAUCUCAAUUGGAAUCGAAACUCGUUGUCAAGGAGGACGAGGUGUCGCGAUUGCAGGAAUUGUACGAUGAAUUAACGAUAGAGAAAGAGAGGCUGAUGGAAGAGACGGUCCGGCAUCGACGGACGAUAGAAACGCUCGAACAGUCGCACUCGUCGCAAAUAAUGGAGCUCAAUCGGGAGAUAGUGGCAUUAGAAAACAAGUUGGCUGUAGAAAAAGCAGCCACGGACGCGGAGAAAAGAAAGAAUUACGCCAUUUCGGAGCAAAGACGAAAUAUUGACCGAGAAGAACCCCAGAAUCCGCAUAAUCCUACCAACGAAACCGUAAAUCUACAAAUCUCUCCAAAGGCGACAGACUUUAUUUGGCCGUUGUUCGAUGUCGGUGGUGAUGACGAGAACACCGAGAGAUUUGCGAUGGCGUACGACUGUCUCAGAGCAGGAUCUAGUAGUACGUCUGUAUUCGAGAACUUGCAAGCGCAACUGAAACAAAAAGAUGGAGAGAUACAACAGCUUCAGUGGGAAUUGUCGCGGCGAAAUGUAGAAAGAGACGCGCUGAACACCGAACUGUCUAUGUUGACCUUAAAAAUUGAAGACUUGAACAACAAGGUUUCACAUAUCACAGUUUUGAAUGCGAACUUGCAAGAUAUACAAACAAGAUAUGAUGCGUUGCUGCAAAUGUGCGGUGAAAAAAUGGAAGAGAACGAAGAGUUGCGUUUAGACCUUCAAGAUGUCAAAGACGUCUACAAAACACAGAUCGAUCAGCUUAUGAAAGAAAAUACUUGAAGUAGAUUUGCGGCGAUUCGAACGAAUAGAUUAAUUAGAUGUUGUGCACAGAUCAUUUCGGUCAGAUAAUUCGCGAUCGUGGUGUUAUAACGACGUUACUUCUUGUUGAUUUUCGUUUGAAAUACGAGCGAUGUAAAUUAUAGUUACAGAACAUUUGUUAAACAACAGAGAUUCGUAGUCGCAUGUAACUGAAUAGUUGCAAAGGAUGCAAUUGGAACAUUCUUUCUCUUCAAAAUGUGUUUCGUUGGAUCGUGUGCAAGUUGUGUGCAAAUUGAAUAAGAAACAAACAAUGUGAUACGAAAUUGUAAUAUAACGAUUAAAGUUUACAAUAUUGUAUAAUAAUAUACAGUUGAAUUACAACGUAAUUUAUUAAAAAAAAGAAAAAAAAAUUUAAGUUCACCGUUUGAUUUGUUUUUAUGGCCCAUGCUGCACGGUGCGACGAUUCUGGGACUGUACGUUGAUGUCGGGCGGUGUCGUGUCCGUGAUGUCCAUGAUUCCGGUGCCGUCGGUGAUCUCUGUGCUGAUUGCGAUAUCAAUUACGAAGAGCGGCAAACCAAAAUAUAGCCCCUACCAGAUAUGUAUACUGCGCAGCAGGGUACCAAGGAAGAUGUUUCCGUUUGUUAUUUAUCAAUCGGCCAAUCGCUCGAUCUCGCGUAGUUACGAUCGUGUCUGUUAGCGACGACUUCAGGGUAGAUCCGAUUGUCGGAUGAGAUGUCGGAUAAAAUAAAAAAAUAAGGAUCAGGAGAGUGAAACUUUUCGUCCCGGAAUGAUUGCGAUGCAGUAUCGUUCGGGGUGUAUCAGGAAAAAAAAUGGAGAGAGGUACUUACACAUCGAAGAUUCCCAGAAUUGUAAUUCAAUUGAAGGAAAUAUAUAUAUAUAUAUAUAUCUCAUUGUUUGUUGUAUAUAUCGUAAACUUUAUUGGUUACAAAGUGCGACCAUAUCUCUGUUUCCGUUUCUCGUAACAAAAAGGAUAAAAGAAAGAAAAAUUGGAGAGAAACGCGAAAUGAUUGACAAUUGUUUUUGAUCGGUAGUAUCGUGUAACUUCGAUAACGAGGAAAAACAAAGCUAAUUCGACAAAAUGUCUGUAACAGCAAUAUCGUUUUGUUUUCUUUUCUUUCGACGGUGUUUUCCUUGGCUACAUUGGUGGAUCGGCGAUCGAUUACUACGAUUGUUCUCUAUACGGUGCAGUGGUAUGGUAUUAAUUACAGGUAUACAUAGGAAACA